GCCUUGAUAAACUCGCAAUCGAAAUGUUUUUAAUGUUGUCUAACGUCUAACCUAAACGAAGUGGAACUGUCAAAUUAUCAAAGUGCAAAAAUAAAGCAAAUGAAAAUAUAAAAUAAUAACAAAAAGUUCAGUGAAGAAAGUAAUCUUUAGACAGCAAUUACCAUAACCUACAAAAGUCAAAAAUGUCCGAAGAAACAAAUUCAAACACAACAAUUAAAAUUAAACCGAUCAAAUAUCCUCAAGUUAAACAAGAUUUUGAUGAUUAUGAAAACAACGCAGGUAUUUGUAUGGAGAAUGAUCAGACUUGUCUACAGCAAUUUCUAAAAUCAGAGGUUAUGGUUGAUGAGGAUAUAAAGCAAGAAAGUAUCGAUGAGCAAGAUUUUCGAGUGAAACAAGAAUUUGAUGAUUAUGAAUAUACAUCAAAUAUGAGUAUGGAGUAUGAUGAAAUAUGUUUACAGCAAUUCUUAAAAUCUGAGGUUACGGUUGAGGAGGGAAUAAAGAAAGAAAGGAUUGACAGGCAAGAUGCUGCAACUAAUACAAGUAUAGAAAAAAAAUCUUACAUAUUUUUUGAAGAAAUCAGUAAUUCAAGUAAUACGAACAAAUCAUUUGAAACUGUUUCUGAAAAAUGUAGAGUAAACAAUAAUCUAAAACCAUAUAGUUGUGAAUAUUGCCAUAAAUCAUACAAAAGAAAGCAAAAUUUAAAGCGUCAUAAAAUGGUUCACACUGGUGAGCGUUCUUUUAGUUGUGAAGUAUGCAAUAAAACAUUCACAAUAAAGACACUUUUAAAUUUACAUAAAAUGAUUCACACCAGAGAAAGACCUUUUGAAUGUGAAAUAUGUAAUAAAAAAUUCAAAAUAAAGCAAUAUUUACAUAAACAUAAAAUAAUUCACACUACAGAAAAACCUUAUGAAUGUGAAAUAUGUCAUAUAACAUUCAAAAGAAAGAAUAAUUUUAAUGAACACAAAAAGAUUCACACUGGACAACGUCCUUAUGUAUGUGAAAUAUGCAAUAAAACAUUUGCAAGAAAAAUGGGAUUAAUAGGACAUGGAACAGUUCAUACUGAAGAACGUCCUUAUAGUUGUGAAAUAUGCAAUAAAUCAUUCUCAACAAAGCGCUACCUUAAAUCGCAUAAAAAGUGUCACACCGGAUUACUUUACAAUUGUGAAAUAUGCAACAGAGGAUUCACACAAAAGCCAAACCUUAAAAGACAUCAAAUGGUUCACACUGGAGAGCGUCCUUAUAACUGUGAAAUAUGCGAUAAAACAUUCACAGCAAAACACUCAUUAAUUGAACAUAAAUUGCUUCACACUGGAGAACGUCCUCAUAGUUGUAAAAUUUGCAAUAAAGCAUUUGUAAGAAAAAAUGCAUUAAUGCGACAUGUAAAAGUAGUACAUGCUGGAAUACGCCCUGUAAGAAAACGUUCAACAAACUCUUGAAUUUGCCGGAAUCUA